GUCGGGAGCGGUGAGGUACUGAACCAACCCGAAAAUACUUGAAACUGGCCCAGAUUCUGAUGAGAUGUUGGAGGCGGCGGAGUUUUAACUCCACAGGAAAUGGAAGGCUAGAAGAUCAGCUCCACGACUAAAAGCACAGAGAUCGAGGGAGCAUAUAACAACCCCUCCCCCAAUCCCCAAGUCUAACGUCCUGGCGGCGACUCCGUGCGAAGUCUUGUGGGAGCCUAGCUCAUUCUGGCAGACUUCCAUCAGAUCUCUCGGACGUUCAAUCGGCUGAAUUUAAAAGAAGAUCUGAAUGGCCAAGGUGAUCAAAAUAUAGAUAGCUCCUCUCAGUGCACCUGUUCUGUCUUUUGGUGUGCUCACAAGAUGCCUGUUAAGAAGAAGAGAAAAUCUUCAGGGUCAGAAGACGCCAGCAUGAAAAAAUGUAGAAUAAGCAGUUUCUGUAGAGUGCAGACGGCAUCUAGAUUAAUAAGUGAUGACAGUUUUUCAAGCAAAAAGUGCCUUGCUUGGUUUUAUGAAUAUGCAGGUACAGAUGAAGUUGUUGGUCCUGAAGGAAUGGAAAAAUUUUGUGAAGAUAUAGGCGUGGAGCCUGAAAAUAUUAUCAUGUUAGUGUUAGCAUGGAAACUAGAAGCUCAGAACAUGGGAUUUUUCACUAAAGAAGAAUGGCUAAAAGGAAUGACCUCAUUACAAUGUGACUGCACAGAAAGGUUGCAGGGCAAAUUUGACUACUUACGCUCGCAACUAAAUGAUCUGUCAGCUUUCAAACAAAUUUACAGAUAUGCCUUUGAUUUUGCUAGGGAUAAAGACCAACGUAGCCUUGAUAUUGAUACUGCUAAGUCAAUGUUAGCUUUGCUCUUAGGAAGGACGUGGGCUCUGUUCUCUGCAUUUUAUCAAUUUUUGGAGCAAUCAAAAUACAGAGUUAUGAAUAAAGAUCAGUGGUUCAAUGUAUUGGAGUUCAGCCGAACUGUGCUUGCAGACCUGAGCAACUAUGAUGAAGAUGGUGCAUGGCCAGUCUUGCUUGAUGAAUUUGUUGAGUGGCAGAAGAUCAGGCAGUCGUCAUAAAAAGUUGGAAGAAAGCGAACAAUGGGAGAGCAAUAAUGCUUUGCCACCCGACUAUUCUACACCUUUAAUUAUGAUGUGGAAAGUGUUUGUCAGAAGCCAUCUUUAAUGCUAGCUACAGACUUUUUCAGUGUUACAAGUGAGGAGACUGUUUUCAAGUUGCAUCUGUAUUAAGCAUUUCAUUAUGUAUUCAUUGACUAUGGCGCCUAAUGUUAGGAUUUUGUCCAGUCUUGAGUCUUAAUGCUUUUGGCGAUCUCUGUUUAUAACUUCAUAAAGUACUUUUGAAGCACAUUCAAAAAAACGGUAAAUUUUUAUCAGAAACAGAAAUCGUCAUCAAUUUCAUGGGUGACUGCAGAUAAAAAGGCUUUGAAGUAUAUGGAUGUGUUUUUCAAUUGUUAGAAAGUGUAUGCUAUUGUAUCAGACACUCACUGCUCUGGUACCAUACCAAAAACUUACUGAACCUCGUAUGUUAAUGUGACUAUGUAGCACCUUUUCUGUGAUAUAGUAUAUCAAUAGGUACUGGUGCUAGUUUAGGCCUGUGUGCUCAGGGUUAGUGGUAAUGACAGUAGCACCACCUCAAGGCCCAUAUAAUAGAAAAUUACAAGUGGUACAAAUGUAUGUAUAAAUUUGUUCAGUUAGUAUUGUUCAGGUAUCCACAGAAUGAUUUGCCUGUUUCCGAAAGCACCUAAGUGUUUUAUUUAACACUCUCUUUAUGAACAAACAGAACAUGGUCAUACACCUGAUUUGGGUGGAGAAAUAUGUAGAAUCAACUGCAUAUAAGAAAAUUAAUCAAUACUGGAUUAGCAAAUAUGUGGUUUUGACUAUAAUAUUUAGUCAUAACAGGUAAGUGAUCACAUCACCAAUUUGUCUACUGUACUAACGAUACAGUAUUAGAUUCUUUUGCAGUAUUAUCUUUAUAUAUUUGACUCUCUAGAGUAUAAAGUUGUAAAUUUAGCCUGAACUAAGCACUCUUAUGCUAUUGAUUAGUUGAAACUUUUGUAAGGAGGUGAUACUGUGGGACCUUGAAUAAAAAAAAAACAUCUUUUAUGUUUAGUGUCUAAAAGACAAAUUGAAAUUUUGUCGAUGGAUCUCUUGUGUAAGGAAAGCAAUGACCUAAAUACUCAAGUUAAGCAUUGAAGUAUGAGUGUAGUGAUUCUUUAUUUUCCUCAAAACUUCAGAUUUCAGCAGAUUCUUAAUCCCCAAAAAUCUCUGCUGAAGGUGGUAACAGUAUGACCAGUCUCAACACUAAAAGCUACUGAUUUACUGUUCGCUUGAAAGCCUAACAACAAAUGUAGAGUGGUGCUUUGGAAUGCACUUUACACAGUCCUGUACAUCCUAGUGCCAGUUAUUAUUCAUAAGUAAUGCAGUUUUUGUUAAUUCACAAGUCCACAAUUUAAAAUUGAACCAUAUAGUCUUAUAGGUUUUAAAUUUAGUGGUUCUCUGGCUUAGCACCACAUUACUUGAUUGUGAAUACUAGUUCAUAAUCAAAGUAAUCACCUAAACUGGUAAAUAUCUAGACUAGUUUCACCCACCUGCUUACACCAGAUAUACUGAUAUGCAACCUAUUGCUGAAAGCAGAAUUCUACAUUUUCUCUUGCUGUUCGUACCACCAUCAAAUAUGGUUACUUUGUUUAAUGAAGCAAGAUAGAAAUUCUUACAGAAUGGUGGAAUUGGCAUACUUAAAGUAUGCAUUUUAUACUGCUAUAUGAUUCAUCUUAACUAUUUCUCUGAAAUGAUAGAACAUUUAUUGCAGGUAUAAAGUGACAGCAAAGGUAGUUCACAAGUUUGGUUCCAAAGUAACAAAUGGAACAUCGAGCAAACUUUUGUUUUAGAAACCCUCAAAGCUGAUAGGAAUAAUUAUUCAAGCGUAUUGAAAACCUGAUACCAGUAAUUUAAGAAAAUACAGCUAAGCAAGUUUACUAAAAGAGAAUUGCAACAGUAAUUUACAAUUUUAUUUUUCCCUUCUGUGGGGUCAUGAAAAGGUUAUUUUUAGAAGUGGAUAUUCCUAAUGUCACACAUUUCUAGCUCUUUGGAAAUGUUUUUGAUUUCACCAGGAAGCUAUUGCACCAAUAUCAGUUCAAAACGUCAGCAAGUUGUCUGUUUGAAUAGCUACCACGGAAAUGUUAGUCCUGCCAACUUAUUUGUGUUGUAUUCUGGCUUCUAUGCCAUUGAUCUGAUACCCAAAUUCAGGGCUGGGCAACUCCACAAGGAAUCUCGUCACUGUCACUGAAAAGAUUUCUGGUGGGAAGGAGACUGCAGCUAAUAGAUCUUGUGCAGGGAAAAUGUACAGAAAUAGGAAUUUAUCUAUUUAAAGAAUUCACAAUCAGCUUUUAUUGCAAAUUACUUUACUUUGCCCACAAUGGUUUUUUUAAGACCUAACUAACACCUACAUUAUACUGCAUGGUGUCCAACCAGUUUCAACAUAUGAUAGAUUCGUGAAAAGCAGAGCACAUCUCCCCAUGCAAUUUGAUGCUACGUACUUGAGAUUUAAUGUUCAAUAGUUCAUUUAAAGUCUUCUAAUAAUUAUUUCUCAAAUGUUCCUUUGUUUAGAUCUGAGGUGAAAAUCCAAUUACUAUAUUUAAAUUUGGCCAUGAGCUUCAGGUAUCUCUGCAUCAUCUUCAAAAUACUUGAUGUAUCUGAGGUUUGUUAGUGGCUAAUUUAGUUGGUUUCAAAAAUUAGCAUGGCGGAAAAUGCAUAUAUGUGAUUCUUUUUGGAUUUUGCUAUCUUUAAUUUCACAUAGUUAACUUUUUUAAAGGCUCAAAUCUCCUGACAGAUACUGGGCUCUGGUUGUAUGUAUGACUGACUAUAUUUGGAAGAAGUUAUUAAUCUGGUUAUGAAGUGUUUUGUGACCUGGGUUAAUGGGUGUGGUCUGAAUGCAAUCUUUUUCUUUUUGUAUUUGCAAUAGGGAUAUGAUUUAAACUUUUUUUUUCUAAACUGGGAAUACUCAAUUUUAUCAUAAAUCUAGAAUGUCAUAGACAUGUCUGAUCUGUGUCUCGAGUUAAAACAGCAAAACAUAGCUGGGUCUGCAGGAAAACAUGUUUAUUUCCAUCUUUUAUGUAAAAUAAUGCACUAAUCUUAGAAAAAUCUACAGUGCGGUAUUUGAAAAAAAAACAAAACUUCUGAAGAAAUUUGUUUGUCAAAUGUAUUUUAUAACAUUUUCUUCAAUGGGGAUACUGUGGUGAAAGCUACUGAAUAUUUUCCACUGUUCGUUCUUUAAUCUUAAAAUGUGCUGCUGAAUAUUAUAAUUGCAACGUAAUUAAUUUGUCAUUUUCUUAAAAAAAGACAUAUACAUCGGUAAUCUCUCAAUUAUCCCUAAAUCUGACACACAAGAAUGCUGUUAGAAGGAGGGGGUUUCUGUGCAUUUAAAUUGUGCUUGAAGAACGUCAGUAUUAUUCGCAACAGCCAAUCCAAUCCAAUCCAGUACCAGUUUAUGGCUUUUAAAAAUACUAUUUUUGCUUGUUACAACUUUGCAUCGUUGACAGGACCCUACAAAAGGGUAUAAAGUUUUUGAUUUCACUGUUCCUACUGAAAGUGGUAUCCACUCGGUGUUUCUUUUUGGAUCGUGGUUUAGAAUUAUGUUUGUUUGUGCAUUGCCUAAUUGCAAACCUAUUUAAAUUGAAUGAUAAACUUUAUAAAGACGUUCAUAAUGGAAUAUAAAUUAAUGAUUUUGCAUGUUUUCAUAUUUUAAAGAUAUUGGUGAAAAAUGGCAACCCAAUGCAAUGCAGCUUGAAGCAGAACUACUGGCAUGCCAAGAACUGUGAACUCUGGCAUUUUAGUUGUACAAUAAAUAAAAGGAAUGAUGAA